AGUUUCGUUUUUGUGGAACAUCUCACUUUCAAUAGGCAGUUAUUUAGGCAUAUGUGGAUAUGGCCAUUCCACAGUGAGACCAUUAUUGAUUCCGGUGCGGACAUUUUUACAAGACAGACUACCUUGGAAAUAGGCACACAUAUUUGAUUUGCAUAUAGCUCGUCGAUUUCGUAGCAGGCUAGUUAUCUCCGCUUGAUUUCUCAAUGGCCCAUGCAGCCGUAUCUGCACUGGAUUUGGGGAGCGAGAAACAGUUGUUACAGUUUUUUCCCGAACCUGUCCGACUUCAGCUGCUCUACAUGAAGAGGGAAGAUUCGUCGUAAUCGUUUAUUUGGAAUCAGGCACGAUGAAGGGGGGAUAUAUGAGUAAACGACCUGGGUUUUAUUGCCAAGAGGACAGAGAUGCAUUUGUCUUCGAAAUAGACCAUCAAAAAGCAAACGUCUUUCCUGUCGUGAAGCACGAUAAUUCGAUAAUUUUUAAUAGAGAAAAAUUUGGCUUUGGGGAUUGCCUAAGCAUUUACAGCAAUAAGGACAAAACACUCUGUGUUGAUGUGGGGUUCGAUGAUACCACACCGAUUGGAGUGACGAGUUUGAGGUGCCCUUCAUGGUUGUGGAGUUGCAUCGCAUUCAAAGUGUUGGAGAUGUGCUGCUGAACGCUUGGAGGGAGAUGUCAUGGACUGAGAAAGAGAGGGGGUCACUGAGGAAGAAUCUGGUCUCCUUCAAACCGGCCAGCCAGUCUCUGAACCAAGUCAGGGUUCUGCUGAUGGGUCCUCCUGGGUCAGGAAAAUCCAGCUUCAUCAACUCUGUCAGAUCUGUGAUGUUCGGAAGAGUCCUUCUCCUGCCUUUUAUUGGCACUGCAACAAAGGGUUUCAUCAAGAAGCUGAAGUCAYAUGACAUCCGGUCAGAGAGAGGGGGGAAGCCCACAGCUCUGACCCUGUGUGAUGUGUUGGCUCUGGGGGACGGYGAGACGACUGGCCUGACCCUCCCAGACGCACUGGCUGUCAUCAACGGGCACGCCCCCGAGGGACACAAGUUUCAAAGUGAUGCGCCCAUCAAAGCUGAGACUUCAGGUUACAGACCUAAUCCAUCAGUAAAUGACCAAAUCCAUUGUGCGGUGUUUGUUUUGAAUGCCUGCCAAGUCAUGACCACCAGUGAGGACUUUACAGAGACACUGAGGACACUUCAAGCUGAAAUCUCAGACCUAGACAUCCCCCAGGUGGUUCUGUUGACCCAUGUGGACCAGGUGUGUCAUGCCGUCCAAGAGGAUGUGAAGUUUGUCUACUCCAGCCGGAUCCUACAGGAGAAGAUGCAGAAAGCAGCAGAGGUGGUGGGGUUGUCUGUGUCCUAUGUGCUUCCAGUGAAGAACUACUCCAGUGAACUGUCUGUGAGCUGCAACACUGACAUCCUGCUGCUGAGUGCAGUUCAUCACAUUCUCCAAGCCGUAGAUGACACAUUUGAAGACUACUGCCCACCAUCUCCCUCUCCUUUAUCUACUGGUCCCCAGCAUUCCACCUAAACUCCAGUCACUGUUUAGAAUGUGUUCCAAGUAGGCUAGUGUGUGGCCAGUCAAUGUCAAAAAUGAGUAACACCUUUUUCACAUUUUUACCUCACUGACAUGGUGCAAAUGCAUACACUCAACACCAUUAUGUAUUUGGAGUGUGAAGCGAACAUUUAAAAUGUGUCUCUAUACUCAAAUAUUUUWAUUUGAGAUCAAAUGUUUCAUGAGUCUUCUCUUUUAUUUGAGGGUAUUUUCAUAUCUCUUUUACCAUUUAUAAAUGAAAGCACUUUAUGUAUAUCGUCCCUCCAUUUUGAAGUCCUAAGUGUUUGACCAAAUUCACUUAAGAAAUGUUCAGAAACACUCAGAAAUAAAAUGCCUCCAGUCAUCAUUCACCAUUCAGUUCCUAUUGGACAAAACGUUUGCUUCGAAGGAAUUUGUAGCAUCACAAGCUUGAAGUCAUUUCGUGCUAGGAAUAUGGGACCAAAUAGUGAAAUUUUUAUGCAUUAUUAUUGAAAUUGUCCCAAUACUUGACUUCUAAUAAGUUGACAAAGGAGAGUGAUGGAGUGCUGCGUCAGAUGACCUGACCUCAACCCAAUUGAGAUGAUUUGAAAGGAGUUGGACCG